AUGUCCGCCGACUUCUGGGCCGGCUACAUAAGCGGCGCCGUAGGCAUCAUCAUCGGCAACCCCCUCGACCUCCUCAAAGUCCGCCUCCAAGCCCGUCCCGCAACCGCCCCCUCGACACCCCUCCCCUCCGCCUCCUCCCCGCUCCCGCUCCCGAGCCCCACCGCGGCCGCAGCGGCAUCCUACCUCCGCCACUUCGAAUCCCCCGCCUCCCUCGUCACCGGCUCCGCCGCCCCGAUCCUAGGCUACGGCGCCCUCAACGCCCUCCUCUUCGUCUCCUACAACCGCACAGAGGCCGCCCUCAACCGCGCCCUCGACGUCCAGUCCAGCCUCUGGACGACCUGGCUCGCCGGCGCCGUCGGCGGCCUCGCCACCUGGGUCGUGAGCACCCCGACCGAGCUGAUCAAGUGCCGCGCCCAGCUCUCCUCCCCGCCCGCCUCGAGCUGGGCCAUCACCAAGGACGUCUGGCGCGCCGAGGGAAUCAGGGGUCUCUACUUUGGUGGCGUGGUGACUGCGCUGCGGGAUAGCGUCGGGUACGGGUUUUACUUUUGGUCAUAUGAGAUCACCACGCGGUGGAUGGGUGUUGGGGGCGACGGCGUGAAGGAGACGAAUCUGAAGGAGGAGGCUGCCAAGGUGUUGCUUUGCGGUGGUCUCGCGGGUAUUGUGACGUGGGUGAGCAUCUUCCCACUCGACGUCAUCAAGACCCGCGUCCAGACGCAGGCGUUUCAGGCACAGGCGCAAUCACUCGAGAGGUCACCUUUGCUCGCGGCACAAGGGCUGUCGCAGCAGCAGCAACAACAGCAGCCGGCGAAGCGUGCAGGCGCAAUGCAGGUUGCGAGAGAGGCUUACCGCGAGGGCGGGAUGCGGGUCUUCUUCCGCGGUCUUACGGUCUGCAGCGUGCGCGCCUUCGUCGUCAACGCCGUGCAGUGGGCAGUGUACGAGUGGGCCAUGUAUGAGAUGGGCGAGGGCCGAAGGCGACCAGCCACUGUCAUUGAGCCCGCGGGACAAGUCAUGUGA